AUGGAUGAUAAAUUCCUUCGUGUUCUUGCUUCACAUGCGCAGGUUUUAUCAAACUCUAUGGAUAUUGACGACAUCCUGCUAAUUCGUCUUCAUGCGCAGGUGGCGGCGGCAGCGUUAGCGUCCGCCACCAUCAAGAACAAAGAGCAGUUGGAGGAAUCUAAAAGUACUAAAUGCCAAGAAUUAUUUUAUUGUGGCAUUUGCAUGGACUCCAAAACUGAACCACACAUGUUUGGAAACACCAAUGUUUGCAGUCACAUGUAUUGCAGAGAUUGCAUUUGCAAACAUGUUGAAGCCACCAUAAGACAACGAAACUCAGCAAUGGUUAAGUGUCCCGACCCGAACUGCAAAGGUGUAAUAGGACUUGAAGUCUGUCAAAAUAUGCUUCCAAAACAAGUUUUGGAACGAUGGAAGGAUGCCCUUUGCGAGUCUCUGAUCAAGGGGCCUGAGAGAUUUUACUGCCCAUUUAGAGACUGUUCAGCCUUGUUGGUGAACGAUGGCGGGGCAGUCGUCACUUCCUCGGAAUGUCCCAAUUGCAAUAGACUCUUUUGUGCACAGUGUAGAGUGGCAUGGCAUUCUGGGAUGGAUUGUAGCAAGUAUAAGAGUUUGAAAAAGGGAGAGAGAAAUCCAGAGGACCUUAUGUUGAUGAAUCUUGCUAAAAAGAAGAAAUGGAUGAGGUGCCCAAGCUGCAAAUUUUAUGUUGAAAGAAUUGAUGGAUGUCCACAUAUUAAGUGCAGGUGCGGGUAUCAUUUUUGUUACAAGUGUGGAAAGCAGAACAAUGGAAAAACACAUGCUUGUCCUCAUUAUUAA